AUGGCAGCAAGCGACGAGUUCAAACUGGUUUUACCAGGAAUAGACCAUGAAGGAAAACUACCCAGAAAGUACACCGAAGAAGGGCAAGGAGCCAAAAGGAACAUAUCCCCACCAGUAGAAUGGUACAACUUGCCCUCAGGGACCAAGAGCCUGGCCCUUGUGGUGCAGGACAUAGAUGCACCAGAUCCGAAAGGCCCGCUUGUACCGUGGACCAAUUGGGUCGUGGUGAACGUUCCACCAGGUGUCAAAAGUCUGCCGGAGGAUUUUUCCGGGAAAGAAGAGGAUUAGAUGGGCGGAUAGUAUGGCGCGCUGAAAGAAGGUAACAACGACUUGAAGGUUUCAGGGUGGUGUGGACCAAAGCUGUCAUCGCCGGGACACCGCUUCGAGUUCAAGCUCUAUGCGUUGGAUGAUGAGCUUCACAUUGGUCACAAGGUGACGAAGGAGAAGGUGUUGGAAGCAAUUGAAGGGCAUGUGCUUGGAGAAGCAGUGAUGAUUGCGUACUUUUGA